CUAGCCGACCCUGGACUACGGUAACCCAAAACAGUCGACGAAUUCUUGUUCCGGAAUCUUUUUCGAGGCGGAAAGUGUGAUAAAAGUGGGAAUCCUUUCUCUGAGAAUAUCCCGGCAGCAUUGAAAUGGCGACGCAAAUCUCCAUCGACCAACUCGACAAAGACCAGAUCAAAUCGUUUUCAGAUUUCCUGCUCUCCUACAACAAACUGUCCGAGCUGUGCUUCGUGGAUUGUGUGAGCGAGUUCACGGGACGGACGGUCAGCGAUAAAGAGGACAAGUGCGCUCUGAAUUGCAUGGAGAAGUUUCUGAAGAUGAACCAACGCAUUUCCCAGCGGUUUCAGGAGUUCCAGAUGCUGGCCAACGAGAAUGCAAUCGCCGCUGCGCAAAAGUUGGGAGUCAAGUGAGCUCGAUGAACCAUUUUAUUGGCUGGUAGUGAAUAUUCGUAUGUAGAGAGUAAUAAAAGGUUGAACAAAAGGAGUAAUGGUUUAUGAUAAGA